GAUGAAAAAAAUAUUAUUUUUUUCCGACAAUGUUCAGAUGGCGGACGAUCAAGGACCCUUGAAGAGGAAACCAGGCUUCGCAACCCUGUCUAUACACGCUGGCUUGAACCCAGACCAAUGGAAUGGAGCGAUAGUGCCGCCCAUCGUGCUGACUGCCAUGUACAAACAACCAUCUAAUGGAAAUUUAGGCUACACAUAUUCUCGUACGGCGAACCCAAUGAGGGACACACUAGAACAAUGUCUCGCGGCGCUAGAGGGCGGUAAACACGCGUUUACAUUUGCAUCUGGUCAUGGCGUGAUUAUGAGUGUUCUAGCCUUACUUAGUAAAGGAGACCAUAUAGUUUCCAUGGACAAUGUAUAUGGUGGCACUGGUCAGGUUAUGAGGGAAAAUCUACCAAGAUUGGGAAUUGAUCUGACAUUCACAGAUGUACGAAACGUAAGGAAUCUGGAAAAUGCCAUUCAAAACAAUACCAAGAUAGUCUGGUUGGAAACACCAACGAAUCCAAACUGCAGAGUGAUAGACAUUGCAGCUACUGUUCAAGUAGUGAAGAAGCGCAAUGAUAAUAUAAUUGUGGUAGUGACAAUACCUUUCCUUACGUGUUACCUACAAAGGCCACUGGACUUUGGUGCUGAUAUAGUAGUCUACUCUUUGACAAAAUAUGUGAAUGGACAUUCUGACGUUGUCAUGGGGGCGGCUGUAGUGAACAAACAAGAAAUUGCUGACAAUCUGAGAUAUGUACAAGAAUCACAUGGAAGCGUUCCUUCUCCUUUUGACUGUUACUUAGUCAAUAGGAGUUUGAAGACUCUUUCUCUUCGAAUGGAGCGUCAUAAGGCAACGGCUCUGCUGGUUGCUGAAUGGCUGGAGAAGCAUCCAAAUGUCAUUGAAGUUAAUCAUCCAGGACUAAAGUCACACAAAGGACAUGAGAUCUUCAAAAGACAGACGUCUGGACACUCAGGGAUCUUCAGUUUCAAACACUCAGGUGGACUAGAAGAAUCUAGAAAACUCCUGACGUGCUUUAAAGUAUUCCUAGUGGCUGAAAGUUUAGGAGGAUACGAAAGUUUAGUUGAAAUACCAGCGGUAAUGACACACAAAACGGUUCCUCAACUACAGAAAACUAAACUUGGCAUAACAGACUCAAUGAUCAGAAUUUCGAUUGGAUUGGAAGAUGCCGAAGAUCUCAUCGCAGAUUUGGAAAACGCAUUCAAAAAAACAUUUAUUAAUAAGUAA